AUUAAGGGAGAAAUCAAAACCCAGAAGAUCAACACCUUAGAGGACAACAACAAAAAGGACAAGUAUUUACAUCAUAGAGGACAACAAAGAGAAAAUAUCCAAAGAGGGCCAAAAGAUAAACUCAUUAAAGGACAACUAGAAAAAUUUAAAAAAAAUGAGGUUUUUUGAACGAAUAUGAAAGGAGGUUUUAAUUAAUAAUCAGAAUGCGCAAAAAAAGGGGGAAAAUGAAGAAAAACGAGAGGAGAGAUAAUAAAACUAUAUAGUAAAUACACCUACAAUAUUUAUAUAAAGUUUGUUCAUCUGGCAUAUAUUUUUUUAAAAAAUGUUUUUGGAUAAAAUAAAAGGAAAAAUAAUAUUUAUGUGUUCCAAAAAAUCACCUUACAACAUAUUAAUUAGAGAGCGGAAUUUUGAAAAAAACCGGGAACAGGAAAUUGUAGCAGAUGAAACCCGGCCGGGACCCGGAACCGGGAAACGGGAUCAGGUCCCGAGCUCUCUAAUAUUAAUUAGUCAAAGUUUUGACAAAACAAAACUUUUAUUAACAAAUAUUGAUAGGGGAAAUGGAGGGGGAUUAAGAAAAUAA